UUUAAGAGCUCCGAUCCAGAACCCCGGCGUUGUACGGUGAAACCCAGACCCUCUGCUGUCCCCAUGGCGAGCCUGUUGACCGUGGUGGCCCUGCUGGCCGUGGUGUCCGGCAGCUUCUGUGAGGAGAAGCAGUUUCUGCAGCGAGCCGGGAAGGCCUUCAACAGCAGGAAGGUCAGAUCUGAGAUGACCGUGACCAACGGAGAGAGGUUUGGAAACUGGACCUGGCCUGAGAUGUGCCCCGAUCACUUCUUUGCUGUUGGAUUCAGUGUCAGGGUGGAGACGAACCAGUAUGGGGCGGACGACACCGCCCUGAACGGAAUCCGCCUCUUCUGCGCCAAAGAUGGGAACAGAAACUUCCUGUACUACGUGGAGUCCCACACUGGCCACUUCGGUGAGUGGUCCCAUCCCCAGUACUGCCCCAGCGGGGUCCUCACCUCCUUCCAGAUCCGCGUGGAGCCCCACCAGGGUACGUUCGGCGACGACACGGCCGUCAACAACAUCAAGUUCCGCUGCAGCAGCAACCCCGUCCUGGAGGCCUCCGGCACGGACUGGGGGGAGUACGGAUACUGGAGCAGCCAAUGCCAAAGUGGAGGGAUCUGCGGCAUCGAGACCAAGAUGGAGGAGUACCAGUGGGGCCUGGACGACUCCAGCCUCAACGACGUCCGCUUCUACUGCUGUGACAAACCUCAGCAGUGAUCAGCAGGUGAAGCUUCAUCCCAGUUCGUCUCCACCAUCAACCCAAAGAUGAUAAAUAAUAAAACAUUCAUUAAAACAU